AUGCAUUUAGAGUCUGUGCAUGAGAUGUUCACUUACCUUGAGUCUUGCUAUGGCUCGAUCCCAAGGCCUGCAAGCUGGAGGGCAGUUGAAGAUGCUGUGCAAAGUGAUGACUGGCACAAACCUUCACUUGCACUAGAGAAAACUAGUGCAACUCCACAAAAUAUCCUCCUUGACCUAUUGGCCACCCUCAAUGGUGAAAGGGACAACAUGCAGCUGUUGUCCAAGCCUGUAGCAGUCACACCUACCCUAAAUGGGCCUUUGGAGCUGGAGAUGGAGGUAGUGCCAUGCAAAGCAGGCAGUGGCCAGAUGGAUGAACCUGAAGACACAAACCCAGAAGUGUCAAACAGCCAUAUAGACAAGACCAGCACUAUAGGCACAUGUGGUCAACUUGUCAACAUGACAAGGGAUCUACAUCUAUUCAAACCCAGCAGUGAGACUUUUGAUCUUGCAAUUAAUUCUACAAAUCUCAAGGACAGUUGCAUCAUUGAAACUACACUACAAAUGCCUGUUGAACAUGAUCAGUGUAUCCAGACAUGCAGUGGUCUGAUUGCUGACAUACCUGACCCUCUGAGUGCCCAUGUUGCAUGCUCAAAUUUGUCCACUCAAUGUCCUGGCCAAGUCUUUGGUACUAUGAACACAGAAUGCAAGUUAGCACAAGCACAAACAUUUGAUAAUGGAGAAGUCACCUUACCACAUCCUCAUGAAGUGCAAAUGACCCCUCUGAACCUGAAUGUGCCUGCUAAUGAGCCAAAAUGGCUCCAGGACCCUCAAGAGGCCAAGUGGCCCCAGCCUGAACAAGAUCACAUGCAAGCAAUGUGA